AUGCUCCGAGCAAGACCGGUGAUGAGACGUGCGCAGAGAUGCUUCGGACGUCUCAUAAGCCGCAUGCAGGCCAACAAUGGCUCCGAGGCACAAAACGAGCACCAACCUGGACUAGAAGAAUCUCGUACAGCACCGGUCGACUUCUAUCCCGUCCCUCCCUCGUCUUCAGACAUGUUCUCGUUUACGCCAAGCGACUCUCCAGCUGGCGACGCAAGUCUCGGCGCCAGCUCAUCCAUCCUCGCUCCUGAGAGCUUUCUCCGCUCCAACGUCGAGCCAGCCGCGGCAAGCGCGGUCAGGACUGAGCCACGCUAUUGCGGUCUUCCCAUCACACCGAAUAUCUUUCCACCCAAGAACGAGCCUGAAUGGGAUCCGUCAACACGGCUCCCGGCACCAUCUCAAGGACCCGCGGCCUUCAUGCUCAACAUGGACAUGGUUCAGGCCAAAGCUGAGGCUCUCGAGCAGCAGGCUCGUCGAGAUAUCGAAGACACGCAGCAGCUGGCGGAUCGGCACUCGAAGGAGAUGCUCGAGACGCGCAGCUUCCGUGUGACGCAGGCGUGCGAACACUGCCGGUAUCGCAAGGCAAAGGGCAAGCUGUGCACGUUUUCCAAGCAACUCCACCGGGAACGUGCUCCGCCGCUGCAUGCUCAAUUCGACGUGCUGUCGCAGGGAUCCCGUCCUCCUCCCAACAUGCUAGCAAGACCGACCAAAGUCGGACCAACGAGAGACAAGUUCCGUCUCGCCCGCACGCUGUACGAUGCCACCCCUUACGGUGUCAGGAGCGAAUCGGGAUACGGAUCAGCUGGGGCUUCGAUGCCUCGGGAGAUCAUGAGCGCGCCACCGAGCUCGUCGGGCGCGCCGUCAUACCUGGACGAUUUGGCGCCCGGUUCGUACAGUCUCCCGCAGUCGCCCAUCACUAUGCAGCAGCGAACGUUGACCCCGCAGCCCAUGAUCCCUUUUGGUGCUGGCAUGCUCCCGCCCGUGUCGUCCGAGGUUCCGAGGGACGAACAGCAGCUGGGCGCCUUCUACCCGGUCCCCGAGCCAGACACGAUGCCUCAGGCAGGUCGUACUUGGAGCAGCGCCUCCUUCAAUAUGCAUUCAGAAGACAACGCUGCUGUGGCAUACAGCACUGCCUCCACGCCGAGCGCUCCGCCCACCAGGUCAGUGCGCGCCGAAUCGUCGCUUCUCGUGCGCCCUCCCCUCUUCUCUCCGGGCAUGAUGUGGACCGAAGUUCAGUCUACGCCUCAGUCGACCCCAGCCAACUUUGCAUUGCAGCCAGCAUACGGACCUCCCUCGAGCAGCGGUACUAGCUGGGAUAGUCACAUCACGCACACCAGCUUCUGA